UACAUUCAGUCGACGGGAUCGUUCAUUCAGCAGCAGACGGCUUUCUCAUACCGGGAGUGUUUAAGUAAGGAUUGGAAUCUCCCUUUGUCAGGAUUUUUUAACGGUUAUUUCGAAAGGAAUGUGUAAUCACUGUACGAAGAAAUAUUCAAAAUAGAAAUUUUCAAACACACGUGCUGUGUAGAAGAGAAGAGUGAGUCAAAACCAGUUUUUAAAAAAAGUGAAGUGUUUUUAAGUAGGUCACAUUUUUACCGGAAUAAUUCAUCGUGUUUAACUACACAGAAAAAAAAACAACCAGCGAGGAUUAAAGAAUAAAGAAAGAAAAAAAAUGACUGUAUGCAAUCAUAAAGAAAAAGACAUGGAUUACAAGUGCAUGAACGAGAAGAAGAGCAACGUGAAAUGUGUGGUGGUGGGGGACGCUAUGGUGGGGAAGACCAGCCUCUCCCGGCGGCUGGCCUGUCUAGGAUUUGCCCAGGACUAUAACCCGACCACGUUCGACAACUAUGCAGUGACGACAUCAAUGGGAGGCAAGUCCUACGUCAUCAGCCUGUUUGAUACCGCUGGGCAGGAGGAGUACAUCCACCUCCGUGCCCUCUCCUACGUCAACAGCGACGUCUUCCUCCUCUGCUUCUCCGUGGCCAUGCCGGAGUCACUCCGUGACGCCCACGACAAGUGGAUCUCCGAAAUCCGCAAGUACUGCCCUAAAACUCCCAUCAUCCUCGUCGGCACCCAGAUCGACCUCCGAGACGAGGCCCCCUCGACCAAACCCGCCUCCAAAACCACCACGACCAAAGGUCCGCCUGUUUUCAUCAGUACCAAAGAGGGUGUGUAUGCCGCUUCGAAGAUGAACCUGGAUUGUUACGUGGAGUGCUCUUCUUUGACGGAGGCUGGGAUUUCUCGGCUCCGCGAAGCCGCGAUAGAAUGCGGGUUGCGACAGGUGAGCCCCGAGGAUACCGGAUGUCAAUGCUCGUGUUCGAUCUUGUAAACACAUUUCCUGCUUGACGAUAGCUUCAAAUCGCCGUGUUGGGAAAGGAAGAAAAUGAUUUUAAAAUGAAGGGAUUUUUAUUUUCGUGCAACUUGAAUUGGAAAUUCCCGAAAUGGUGCGAGAGAGAGAAAAACAACAACACCCUGUAUGGAAGGGUGAUAUGGAUGUAUUGCACCAUGAUGCACUAUUUUCUGGGGACAAGCUGUAUACAGAAGCAACGUUUUUGUUUGCAAAUAGCAGAUAGAUUUGCUGCAUGGCAAAUGCGUUAUUUAAAAAAAAAAACGCAUAAAACAGAAUGGCACCGAUUUGGACUCAUAAUAAAAAGAUCUGCAGGUCAUUAUCAACGUACAUGUCGACUGUGUUUAUACACCACAACUGUGUAAACCACGUCACUACACAUCCCACAAUCAUUCAUCGUCUUCUCGGAUCCGUGUUCUGUAUUCGAUUACCACAACCACCACAUGUGGGCUGAGCGAGCAAGUUUUUCAGCGCGAGGAAAGUGCUUAACUACCGGAAGUGAACCCCAUUCGUCUGCAGACGGCUUAGUUAUUUUACUUGUUUGGUUUUGUUUGGUUUGUUUUUUUUUUCUGGAAAAUUCGAAUACUGACCCUGCUUGGGUUCAUCAUCAUAAUAUUCUGCUAAUGAACCUCAUGAUAAUCAUAUGGGUUAUAUUUCUGAUUGUUACUUUGUGGGUCUUUGUGGGUUUCCGUGACCCCCAAAAUCGCAUGUAGUUGGCAUAAUCUUUUCACCCUUUGUAAUCAGCAUGUAUUUCUGAUUUCUGGUACAUUGAGUAUAUAAGAAAGUAUUGCAAUUGUGCAUAUUCAAAAAAAAAAAAAAACGAGAUUUAGACAAAUCUCGACGUUUUACCACCUAUACGAGUAAAAGAAACUAAGUUUUUGCAAUCAGGUUUAAAAAGCGAAUCACAAUAAAGACGCUAAUUGGUUAUUUAAUUUUAAAGUUUUACCCUGGAGAAGAACACACAAAAAACGGUUUGUUAAACAGGUCCACUUAACGCCUUAGAUAACUGUCGGCUUUCCCUUUGUUGAGAUAAGUUUGAUUCAGCCCUAUCUUUC